CGAGUGCGCAAUUUCCCCUCUCUUUGUUUGUCCUGCCGUCGCCACAACACACGCACAAGCACCGCGACCUCAUAUCCUACAGCCACCUCCCUCCACUCUCUCCACCUCUCUUGCACACACAGAUACAGAUGACGCUGAGUGCGCAGGACCGGCGACGGUCCCUGAUUGUGUUGGGCGUGUUCUGGUUCUUCACGGGCGUGGAGUAUGCGGUGAUUUUGCCGUCGGCAUGGCAGUACCUGCAGAAUCUGGGUGCGGAGCACAAGAUCUGGCUGUCCAUCUCCAUCUCGUCCUUCUCCUUUGCCAACUUCCUGUUCUCGCCGCUGUACGGCCGGUUUGCGGACCGGUACUCCACAAAGACCAUCCUCAUCGUGUCCAACUUCUUCGAGCUGGUUGGCAACCUGCUCUACCUCAUCGCCAACGACGUCUACACCAACGUGGAGUCGCGCUUCAUCGCCGGCAUGGGCGCGGCGGCGGGCUCGGCCAUCUUCGCCUACGUCGGUCGCGUCUCCGAGACCCCGGCCGACCUUAACAGGAACAUGGGCGCCAUCAUGACGGCGCGUGCCAUCGGUCUCAUCCUCGGGCCGGCCUUCAACUUCCUCCUGGUCAAGAUCGACUGGCGCGUGGGCCAGUACAAGAUUGACCCGUACAACAGCCCCGGCCUGCUCAUGACCAUCAUCUGGCUCAUCUGCCAGGUCAUCGUCGUCAAGUACUUCAAGGACAUCCCCAAGGCGGACGUGCAGGAGCUGCGCGUGGGCUCAAGCAGCGGCGACAAGGCGGAGGCAGACGUGGAGGCCUCCGCCACUACCGACCAGCAGCCGCAGCGUGUUGCCGGCGCCCACGGUGGUGAGAGCAGCACUGACCCCGCACACAGCGACAACGACGAGGAUCCGCUCAUCCCCACGGGCGAGGACGACACGCCAAAGUGCAGCGAAUUCCUCGGCCUGGGCGUCAUUGCGCUGCUGCUGGUGCAGUUCCUCAACAUGUUCAACCAGACGGCAUAUGAGACGUUCAUCACGCCCUUUACCCAGAACGUGUUCCACUGGAACCAGGUGGCCAACUCCAUUGUGUACAUGAUCACCGCCUUUGUCGCCAUCGCCGUCUACAUCAUCAUCAGCAAACUCCAGCCCAAAUACGGCAUUCUGGACCGCACGGAGAUCCUGGUUGGCGUUGUGCUGCAGCUGUUUGGCUUCAUCAUCUUCUGGUUGCUCCCUGCUCACAACGCAGGCCAGCUGUGGAAGUUUGCGCUCGGCUCGGUCGUGUUCGUUGGCGGCCUCCCCUUUGUCUACAUUGCUCCCGCCCUCCAGGCCAAGCUCACCACCAUGCGCACACAGGGUCUUGGUCAGGGCAUCCGCCGGUCGGUGAUGAGCGCUGCGCAGAUCAUUGGACCGCUGUGGGCCACGCUCUCUGGCGACGACAACGGCGCAUACUUCUGGGGCGGCAUGGUUGGCCUCACUGCCCUGUGCGUUGUCAUCAUGGUCCUGGCCUGGAAGGCGCUCUACUUCCCCAUGAUGGCGAAACCAAAGGCGCCGCCCUCGCCGCCCAAGGGGUCCGGUGUCCUCACGGAGGCGACGCACGACAGGGAGGACCGCGAGGAUAGGCCCCUGCUUGCCUCGUCACGCACCAGCAGCGUGCGCAGUGAGGAUGACGCAAUGCUCCGCCCGGGAUCGUUUAGGGAGGACCCCAAGGGUGGCAUUGUUCGCCACCACGGCAGCAUCAACUGAUCCCAAGCACGCAAGCACAAGAUUUGCUUCUGCUGCUUCGUGCGCGCAUGUGUGUGCGUGUGUUUGUAUUUGUGUGCGUGAUUGUGUGUGUUUGUAUUUGUGUAUGUGAUUGUGUGUGUGCUUGUGUUUGUGUGUGUGUGUGUGUGCUUGUACGUGUGUGUGUGCUUGUUGUAUUCGUUGUUUUGCCUCAUUCGCGUCGGCAUCUUGUGCAACAACUUUCAUCUGCGUGUUUCGUUGGUUGCGAGUGCUGACUUUUGUUUGAUCGACCCUUCUUCCCCUCGCCAUCACUGUUGGGGUUUGCCCUUUACUCGCUCUCUGCUCUCUCUCUCUCCUCCCCCCCCUCUCUCGCUUGCUCUUACCCCGACCUAGCUCGUUCCCUGUCGCAUUUCCACCACUCACUGCCACCAGCAGCGUGGUUCAACCGUUAGGCGCUUGCAUGCUUGCUUUGUUCUCUGUUGCCGUGUUGCAGUCAAUGUCUCCGCUCCCCAGUGCACUUGUGAACUGCGACGUUGCUUUCUUCUCGACCAUUUGGUUUUGCCGUUUUGCUUCAUGUGCUACGAUACAAGUACAAGAAUGCUAUCUUCAUGCAUCUUCGAUCUGUUGCACAAUCGUGUCACUGUAUCUCCAAUCCAAG